AUGCCUCUGCCCCCUCCCAUAUCCGCUCCCGCGAGGCAAACAAUAAAGGCAGCGUUUGAAGAUCUCGAUCGCACAAUUACUCCUGCAGAUUCGCGCGACUUUCGUGUUUCGACUCUUGCACAAGUACGAGAUGCGGCUCUUGAGAUUGAGUGGCAGCUCGCAGCGCGGGGGUCACUUCGCAACAUGCGCCGGCUUAUGCCUCUUUUUAGGGGAAUAGAGCACUAUUCUAAAGUGAUAGAUGUUCUAUGUAAUGGCACCCCGUAUCUACCAUGGAUAUGGGCGCCAGUUGCUCUAAUUCUCCGCGUCGCCUCGGAAUAUGUCGACGCAUUCGAGCAAAUUAUCAAGGGCUACUCACAACUUGCAGAAUCACUGGGAAGAUUUGAGCUCUUGGGAAAUGCUUUCAUUCGCGAUCCAGAUUUUCAGCAAACUUUGGCUGUCUUUUAUGCGGACAUUCUGCAGUUCCACAAACAUGCCUACAAGUUUGUGCGGCGAAGUGGGUGGAAGUUGCUUUUCCUCACCACUUGGGGCCGAUUCCAGAGACGAUUUGACAAUAUUCUUGAAGAUAUGAAGCGACACGAGGCGUUAAUUGACCGAGAAGCAAAUGCGCGCAACAUUGCCGAAUCAAAAGAAAUGCGUCAAGAUAUCCGCCGCUGGAGAGAGCAGAGUCUCGAGCAGGUGUCCAAUCUUGAUGGGGAAGAGGCUGCUAAGCAAUACCAAUCUAUCAUCUCAUGGUUAAACAUGGAUGAAUCGGAUCAAUUGGCAAUCUUCGAAUCAAUAUCAGCCGAAGGGCGAAAACAUCCGGGCACUUGUUCAUGGGUGCUGAAAAAUCCCAAAAUCAGCUCCUGGCUUCAGAGCAAGCCUGACACAUCGGUCCUCUGGCUACAAGGCACGCCGGGGUCUGGAAAGAGUGUGAUAUCGACACAGCUCGUCAACUUUAUGCAAGCAUCCAAUAUGUUUGUCAUCCAUCAUUUUUGCACGUAUUUAUACACAUCGUCUACAACUUACGAGCAGAUAUUGAAGUCUUUACUCAUGCAACUACUUCGGAAAGAUGGCGAUUUGGUCGCUCAUGUCUAUGAAGAAUUUGUUCUAGGGAAAAAAUCCCCGACAGUACCCGCCCUUGAACGUCUUUUACAACUCCUAUUUAAAAGCAUAUCCAACGAACCAUCCAAGGCGGAAUACGUGUGGAUCAUUCUAGACGGCUUAGACGAAUGCGAACUGGAAAAGCAAGCACGAAUAGUAAGCUUGAUGAAUCAGGUUGCGUCAGACCGAUCAUCGCCAGGAAAUACGACCUGCAAAGUUCUCAUCUCAAGUCGUACCUCUUCAAUUCUAUCAAACUGUUUACGCAAAAAGCAGACAAUCUCUCUAAGCGAUGAAAAAGGCUGCUUAGAGGAGGCGAUACUCGACAAUAUCGAGCGCGGGAUUGCAAAAAAGGCAGAUGGAAUGUUUCUUUACGCCAGACUGGUCCUGGAUUAUCUCUCGACGAACAUCUUCUAUAGCGGGGAUGAAAUCAUGACCUCUGUCAAUCAGUUGCCGGAAAAGCUUAGCGAUUUCUACCGUAAAAUUCUCCUCCAAAUACUCACCCACUUGGAUAUCCGAUCGGAAAAUCGCGUUAAAAGUAUUCUCAGCUGGAUCGCAUUUGCGAAACGGCCACUGAAGAGGCUCGAGCUGUUGUCUGCAAUUACAUUUAGUUCUGGGGAUCCUGAGGUCACGAACCUUGUUCCUGAGUAUAUACUAGAUAUAUGCGGCCCUCUGAUUGAAGAAAGAGGCGAUACAACUUUGACAUUUAUUCACGUCUCCGUCAAAGAGUUUUUACAAACUCCUUCGAGCAGCUUGACUAUCACUCAAGAAGAGUCGUUUCAAGAACAUGGGGUAGCUACUGUUUCCUGUCUUCUGUCUGGACUACGGAUUUUUAGCAAGGUUUACCCAGAGCAGGCCAGAUACCUCCGGGUUAUCAAGGGUCUCCAUGGAUUUCAUGUCUACGCCACUGAAUACUGGACUGAAUACUUGCUGUCCAGUGUCAAGUUCGCUAGAGAAGACCUAGACAACACUUCCCGGCUACUCGUCCUUGCCUGCAAAUUGGCGGAUACACUCAACGAAACGAGUUACCCCGCGAUCAGUGAAGAUGCUAAGAGUCCGCCGAAUGGAUUGAAUGACCGAACGUCAUUCCUGCGACAGCACCCAACUCUUUAUAAGCAUGUUGAAGCAGCCUUGAAAGGAAGAUCCCUCAAGCGACUUGAAGCGGAGCUUUUCCCAGAAACAAAUCUCGAUGGAACAUGCCGAUCAUCGAAGAAUUUAGCUCCUUUGGACGGGAUAUCAGCCAUGCUUACAGUGUAUCAAGAUACUGUCAGAUCAUUACUUGAUCAACACGAUUAUCCAGGAGUCACUGCUGAGGAACUGGAGCUGUUUAAGAGUCAGUUUCGUACCUCGGCGUUUACCUGUCGGCUCAAGUCUUGUCCUCGAGCUACAUUAGGUUUCGAGUCUGAGAAACAUUGUCUUCAGCACGAGAUGACGCACAUACGACGACUUCGAUGCACUGCUGCCGAUUGCAAAUUUCCGCCUUUUGUCUCUCCCCAAGCAUUGAAGAUCCAUACCAGCAAAUACCACAGUCAUGGCCUUCUUCCAAAGUCUAUACGCAGUAUUCAGGUAUCACCACAGAAAAUAGGUAUCCUUGUGUACCAGAAAGAUCUUUCAGAUAUUCGUCAGAACGAGAGCUUGCCACAAAAAGCCGACCAAAAGGCUCAAGAAGGCCAGGAGAAGCGGAAACUCUCAUUUCAAAAUGAUGAAGACCCUUCCAACCACACGUUGUCACCUGUCGAUCCGUCGGCCGCUGAUACAGUUUCUUCCACCACGUCCCAGUUCUUUCCCAUAUAUUGCUCUUUUCCCAAUUGUGUAAACAUAACAGAUGCAAGUUUCGAUUCUCUCUGUGCUGCUCAUUUGGAUCAUUAUCAGGCUUUUGCUAAGAAAGACCUUGAUCCUGAGUCAACGGAAUCUGCACCAAGUACAUUGAAGACGAUAGUCGAAACCUCAGAACAAGACAUCACGCCACUUGAUGAGCCAUCCGUUGGACGAAAUGUUACUCCUCUCGAGGUUCUAGCAGAUGAAAACUCAGAACAGAUGGCAAAGCUACAACUGCCAGAAGGAACAGAUGCAUAUGUGACACCAACGUUGACCAAGGGCCAGAUUGAGACCCCUACCGGUACCUCUGCUGCGGCAGAGCCCAAUUUAUCGCCUUCUGGACCCCCCUCUCCCAUGACACCGGGUGUUCCAAUUGAAACAUCCGAAAGCCACUGGGAUGCAGAGGGAGAGAAGAAAAUCUACCCGAGUGGAAGGCUUAUGGGAAGUAGGAAGUAUCGUUGUCAAACAUUUCUUUGGCCAAAUCAAGGAGAUGAUCUUUAUAUGCUGGAGAUGGACUACAUGCAUACAUUAGCAGCAGAUAAUGAUAUGAAGCUUAUUUCGACAGGUUUCUGGCCACGAGGCAUUCGGGUUAAGUCUGCGGAUGAAGUGAGUUAUCUCAUGGCCCAGAAUGUCUUGCAUCAUGGGAGCAUCCUCCACAACGUAUUUGUUGUGAAGGCACGAAGCGUGUUUCGUCAAUUCGGGCACCUGGUGAUUGAGGGUGGCAGACCCGUCCAUGACGACUACUGGGUAGCCGAUGCCCGGAAACAAUUGAAAGACAAGAUAAUGAAACAAAUAGAAAGCAGUCUUUUGCAGAAUUAUCGAAUACAGAAACGAUUUGGGAUCGUGGCUGGAAGAUCGGUAGCGCAAGCCGCGAACCUUGCCUCUGAGCGGCACUUGGAUGCGAAAGUCACUGCAUAUGGUGGAAUAGAAAACAUCCCAGAUGAUGAGAUUGCAAACAUUAUGGACAAUGCUCUUGCUCAUCUCGGGCAAACAUACAACUUCUGA